AUGCCUGCAGCAGCAGCAGCAGCAGCAGCAGCAGCAGCAGCAGCAGCAGCAGCAGCAGGAGUAGCAGCAGGGGUAGGAGUAGGGAGAGGAGGAGGAAUAGCAGGAAUAGCAGCAGGAGAUGUAGCAACACCAGCAGCAACAGCAAAAGCAGCAGCAGCAACAGCAGCAGCAGCAAAAGGAGCAACGGCAGCAGCAGCAACAGCAAGAGCAGCAGCAGCAGCAACAGGAGCAACAGCAGCAGCAGCAGCAGCAGCAGCAGCAAAGGCAGCAGAAGGAACAGCAGCAGGACAUGCAGCAGCAGAAACUAUGUAG